AUGGAGCAUCUCGUGGCCAUCGUGCCCGCGGCCGUGGUGCCUUUAGCAACUCAAGGCGGCGCUGGCGAGAUAGCUUAUACUCCGGACCCUGGUCUGGUGCAGAGGGAAAUAUGGCAGUAUCGGACUCUGAAGGCGUCAACUUUUGUUGGAUCCGGCAACCUUCACCUGGCGGCGAUACUAGCAUCAUGCAUUGUGGUGCUGUUGUCGUUAUGUUUGCGCUACAUCCGUUCCUACCGGGAUAAAUCACGAUCGCCGAAGACUACCCCGCAUGAUCAGUCCGAAAUCGUGGUAUCUCUGCCGUUCGCGUUUGCACAUCUGGCUGUUGCGAUAGCGGCUUGUUGUCUGGCCUGGGUCGACGUACACAAUGGUAAGAGUUGGAAGCGGUCUGCUCUGUUGACCUAUGUGGUGUUGCUGGGUAUUGGCCGGCUCUGCAUUAAGAGCUAUGGCCAUCGACGCCAUAUGUAUUGGCAUAUGAAUGCCUUGGCGACAACGGCUCUCAUUUUGGCAGUGGUUCAGGAUAUAGUACCCAUGAUGGUGAUCGGGGCUACCUAUAGGCCAACCUCUGUGGGAGUUGCUAUCGUGGCCUGUCUGGCUGCGGUUGUGGCAAUUGCAGCGGCUACGCCACGCCCACGACGCUCAGUUGUUCGUAACGCAGAGACGGAUGACCUAGUGGUCGAAGAGAAAGCUUCUCCGGAAGAAACAUGCUCCCUCUUUUCCUACUACUGCUCGUAUGAGUGGAUCACCCAUGUGAUCCUGCGAGGCUGCCAGAGGGAUCUAACCUUGGAUGAUCUGCCUCCAUUGCCGUCAUACGAUGAGCCAUUGAAGUGGCUAGAAAAGAUCAAGAAGCAGCGGCUAAAAGGCGGCAAGACCUUUCGCACGCUGUGCCGCAUGCUCAAGACAGAAAUAAAAACCAUGAUGUUUUGGGCAGCCCUUACGGCGGUGGUGGACUUCCUUGCGCCGUACUCCAUGUUGCGGCUAUUGGCCUAUCUGGAGAACCCCAGCAGUGCAGUGCUCCAUCCUGCAUUGUGGAUCGCGCUUCUGUUUGCUGGUCCAGCGACGCGCUCGCUUUGCUACCAGCAGUAUAUCUUCACCGCAACCCGGCUCCUGGUUCGAGUGAAUGUGUCACUCGUCCAGGAGCUUUAUCAGACCGCGAUGCGGUCGUACAUCUACGAUGAUUCUGUGGGCCACUCUUCAGGCAAGCAUGCCAAGUCGCGGCACCGGGCCGAGUCCAAGGGUGCCUCCAAGUCAAGCCAGGCCAAUCUGACCAGUUUGAUGUCUUACGAUGUUGACGCUAUCUACAACUCUCGUGAUAUCUUCUAUAUAGCCACUGCAGGUCCAAUUUCGACUACUCUGGCUCUGGUGUUUCUGUAUCAGAUGCUAGGAUGGCCGUCGCUGUUUGGUGUUCUCAUGCUGCUGUGUUUGUCUCCGCUUCCUGCACUGGCGUCUCGGAAAGUAUCCCGCAUCCAACGCACCGUUAUGCAGGCUACGGAUGCUCGGCUGUCCAAGAUCUCUGAGUAUCUAGGGUCUAUCCGCACGUUGAAAUACUUUGGGUGGGAGCAUGCCGCGAUGAGCAACAUUAACGACGUUCGCCGUGUCGAGCAGCGCCAUCUGUGGAGACGCAGCGUGUUUGUGGCCCUGAUCUCUAUGGGCGGCGAGCUGCUGCCGCUGCUCAGUCUUUUAGUCAUGUUUACUGUGUAUAUAUUGUUUACUGAUCUUCCUUUGCGAGCACCCAUUGCCUUCACUUCCUUGUCUAUUAUGGAAACGUUGCGCGUUCAAUUUAUCUGGCUGUCCAACAUCAGCCGCUAUACCGCGCAAGGAUCAGAGUCGCUGCGCCGUGUCGACCGCUUCUUUGACACUGCUAGUGAGAUCAAACGGCAUCCAGACGGCCCAUUGGAAUUCAAGGAAGCAACCUUCCGACGCACCCCAAUUGCUGCCUUCCGGCUGCAGGAUAUCACUCUCCGCUUUAAGUCCAACGCUCUUAAUGUGGUGACGGGGCCCACUGGCUGCGGAAAGACAUCGCUGCUCUUGUCAUUUCUGGGCGAGACUGUGUUAGAAUCUGGAACUGCUACUUGCCCGCGCGAUGUAGCGUACGUUCCACAGGCACCAUGGCUUCAGAACGACACAAUCCGUCAGAACAUCGUCUUCUAUAGCCCGUUCGAUGAAGCCCGCUAUGCCAUGGCCAUCGAAGCCAGUGGUCUGACCCAAGACCUGCAACAGCUUCCGGCAGGCGAUCUAACCAUGGUUGGAGAGCGAGGAACCUCACUCUCCGGCGGUCAAAAGCAGCGAGUGUCUUUGGCAAGGGCGCUGUAUUCGCCGUCCAAUACGCUGCUGUUUGAUGACAUCUUCUCCGCACUCGACACCCACACCACCAGUCUCGUCUAUGAGAAGUGCUUCCGCAGCGGGUUGCUCAAGAACCGCACGGUUGUAUUAAUAACCCAUUAUCCAGCUGCGUUGCAGGACGCCGACUUGGUAAUCCGCUUGGAGCAUGGCAGGAUUGUCCCCGCUCGGGCUAUCUCCAAGACUACGCUGUCUCUGAUGUCGUCCAGAUGCACCACACCGGGCACUGACACGGACUCUUCGGUGUCAGAGAGCAAUGUGCGCGUGGUAGAGGAAGCUCUGGAAUCCCCGUCGGAGCCUCCACCAAUUGCCGCUGGUGGCAAGCAACCGCCCGCAGAGGAACGCAUAGCGAAGGAGACGUCUGCCACGGGACGAGUGCCUCGCACGCUAGCGCUACGUUAUAUGGUGUUAUUCGGUGGCGCUUCCUAUGUCCCGCUGGUCGUGAUUGCAACCAUCUCCGUGCAGUUUGCCUACUUUGCCAUAACGUACUGGCUGUCCAUCUGGACCGGGGCGUACGACAAAUACGAGCACCCCAACACGUUGUUCUACCUGGGGAUAUAUGCAGCGUGCAUCAUCACCUUUUUGACUUUGCAGUUGUGCAACAAUCUCAUCUACCAGUACGGCAGCUGGGUGGCUGCCAAGAAGACGCACCGCCGGCUGGUGACGGCCGUGCUGUCUGCACCGAUUGCCUGGUUCGAUCAGAAUCCGAUCGGGCGCGCCAUCAACCGGUUCGGAAAUGAUACCCGGUCGUUAGACACUGUUCUUGUUGAGUGGCUGCGCAUGUCGAUCGAGAACACUCUACGCUUCCUGCUUCGGAUUGCCAGUGUCGCUUCCAUAAUGCCCAUCUUUGCUCUCCCUGCAGCCGUUAUCUGCGCUGCAGGGUUCGUCAUUGGGGAAAUGUACACUCGCGCUCAAGUAUCAAUCAAGCGGUUGACCUCCAUCAACUACUCCCCUGUUUUCUCCCACUUUACCGACUCACUGUCGGGACUGAGCGUGAUCCGAGCUCGACACGGCAUGGACCAGGUGUUCCAGAACCUGCUGGCCGAGAAGUUGGCAGUUCACGCCCGCUCAUCCGAGGCGCAAUACAACUGCAACCGCUGGGUCUCGGUCCGGACAGACUUUUGCGCCGCUUCCGUGGCAGCUGCAGCCGGCUGCGUAGCAUACUUCUGGUCUGGAUCAGCAGGUCUGGUGGGAUUCUCCCUGACAAACGCCAUCGGCCUCAGCCAGACCAUUCUGACACUAGUCCGGACGCUUAACGAGCUCGAGGUGGAGCUGAACUCCUUCCAGCGCAUGACAGAAUACGGCGACAUCGAGCCAGAGGAGAAACUAGAAACCGAAGAGCAACGUAAAGCAGAUGCUCUACCCGCCAGCUGGCCAACAUCCGGUCGAGUCGAAUUCACCGACGUCACUGCCCGCUACCAACCUGACGGGCCCGAUGUCCUCCGCAAAGUAUCUUUCGUCGCGCACCCAGGCGAGCGCGUCGGCAUCGUCGGCCGGACCGGCAGUGGCAAAUCCACCCUGGGGCUAUCACUUCUCCGGUUCGUCGACAUUGUCGACGGCAGCGUAACCAUCGAUGGAGUCAACAUUAACCAGAUCCGUCUGAACCGGCUACGCACCAACGUGACGCUGAUUCCGCAAGAGCCGGUGCUCUUCUCCGGUGACGUGCAGUCCAACCUCGACCCGUUUGGCGAGUCCAGCGAGACCGAGCUGCGUGCGGCGCUGUCGGCAUGCACGACAGUCCAUGUUCCUGGCGAGGGCGAGGGCGAGGGCGAGGGCAGGACAAUGCGGCCGCUGGCGCUGGAUACGCCGGUUGCUGCGAACGGAGAGAACUUCAGCCAGGGUCAGCGACAGGUUCUGAGCCUGGCGCGGGCAAUGUGUCGGCGAUCGAAGGUGGUGUUGCUGGAUGAGGCGACGGCGUCGGUGGAUCACGAAACCGAUUCGCAUAUGCAAAAGGUAUUGCGGACGAUGUUUGCAGACUGCACGAUCAUAGCGAUUGCGCAUCGGCUGAGGACGAUUAUGGACUAUGAUCGGGUGUUGGUGAUGGCGGAUGGGGAGAUUAUCGAGAAUGAUUCACCGGCGCGACUGGUCGCGAAAAAGGGCGUAUUCUGGGAAAUGGUGCGGAAUACGGGCGAGUAUGAGGAACUGAUUGCGAUGAUGGAGAGUAAAUAG